UUACUUUAAAGUCAGCAUGGCUGAAACAUCCAUUGCGCAGCGAUACACCAAUUACGCCUGUGCUGAUGAUGACGUCACUCUGGCCGCUAAUCUAGUUCCCAUAACUAGUGCUGUUGCCAUGGAGAUCAGGUGGUUUAAGGGGACAGACUGUAUUUGUCUGUACCAGAACAGGCAGGUGGAAGAGGGGAAGGGAUACGAGGGCAGAGUGAGUCUGUUCAUCCACGAGCUGGAGGAAGGAAACGUGUCUCUGAUGCUGAGGAAUGUUCAGGAGUCUGAUGGUGGAGAGUACAGGUGUGAGGUUACUCAUGGAGAACGCAAGAUAGGAAACAGUGCGCUUUACCUCUAUAUGUCAGGAUUCAAGCGGGUCCACAGAUCUACAAAUGUUGAGCCCACAGACUAUGGAGCUUAUUGGGUGAACGUAACUGAUGACCAUGUUGCCACUCUGCCUUGUGACCAUUCUCCUAAAAAGGGGAAUGAUCAGGAGUCUAGAGAUGAAGGACACUACAACUGUGAAGGCAUGUUUAGAAAUGAAAAAGUAAUAAAAUCAGUUUCCUUUCACCAUCCUUGUAAGGGAAACCCAGAAAGUCGAUGGAGUUGCCAGAUAGAGUUUCCCAACAGUAAGUAA